AUGUCUUGUUAUUCCUUCCAAGCCAAGUCAAGCAGUAGAAUCCGGAACUUCAGCUCCUGCUCAGCCUUCGUGCCCAGGAUGGGUGACCGCUGCUGCAUCACUGCUGCUCCCUACCGAGGAGUGUCCUGCUACAGGGGACUGACUGGCUUUGGCAGCCGCAGCGUCUGUGGAGGCUACAGGGCUGGCUCCUGCGGCCGUAGCUUUGGCUACCGCUCUGGCGGAGUGUGCGGACCCAGCCCCCCCUGCAUCACCACUGUGUCUGUCAACGAGAGCCUCCUGACCCCCCUCAACUUGGAGGUCGAUCCCAAUGCUCAGUGUGUGAAACACGAGGAGAAGGAACAGAUUAAGUGCCUGAACAGCAAGUUCGCAGCCUUCAUCGACAAGGUUCGAUUUCUGGAACAGCAGAACAAACUCCUGGAGACCAAGUGGCAAUUCUACCAGAGCCGGAAAUGCUGUGAGAGCAACCUGGAGCCCCUGUUCCAGGGAUACAUUGAGACCCUGAAGCGGGAACUAGAGUGUGUGGAGGCUGACAGUGGGCGCCUGGCAUCUGAACUCAACCAUGUGCAGGAAGUGCUGGAGGGCUACAAGAAGAAAUAUGAAGAGGAGGUGGUCCUGAGGGCAACAGCAGAGAAUGAAUUUGUAAUCCUAAAGAAGAAUGUGGAUUGUGCCUACCUCCAAAAAUCAGACUUGGAAGCCAAUGCAGAAGCCCUAACAGAGGAGAUUCAAUUCCUGAGAGCUCUGUAUGAAGAGGAGAUCCGAGUCCUCCACACCCACAUCUCCGAUACCUCCAUCGUGGUGAAGAUGGAUAACAGCCGAGACCUCAGCAUGGACUGUGUCAUUGCUGAAAUCAAGGCUCAAUACGAUGACAUUGCCAGCCGCAGCCGGGCUGAGGCCGAGUCCUGGUACCGCAGCAAGUGUGAGGAGAUGAAAGCCACAGUGAUCCGCCAUGGGGAAAGUCUGCGUAGAACUAAGGAGGAGAUCAAUGAGCUGAACCGCAUGAUCCAGAGAUUGACUGCUGAAGUGGAAAAUGCCAAGUGCCAGAAUUCCAAGCUGGAGGCUGCUGUGACACAGUCUGAGCAGCAUGGUGAGGCUGCCCUCAAUGAUGCCCGCUGCAAGCUGGCAGGUCUGGAGGAGGCUCUGCAGAAGGCCAAGCAGGACAUGGCUUGUCUGCUGAAGGAGUACCAGGAGGUUAUGAACUCCAAGCUAGGUCUGGACAUUGAGAUUGCCACCUACAAACGGCUGCUGGAGGGCGAGGAGCAAAGGUUGUGUGAAGGUGUUGGAGCUGUGAAUGUCUGUGUGAGCAGCUCCCGGGGCGGAGUGGUCUGCGGAAAUCUCUGUGUGUCGGGCUCACGUCCAGUAACGGGCAGCGUCUGCAGCGCCCCGUGUAGUGGGAAUCUGGUGGUGAGCACUGGGGGCUCCUGUGUGCCCUGCUCUCAGAGCUUCAGUCGCGGGAGCAGCCGCUCGGUCCGGUUUGCUUAGAUCCCCCCAAACUUCAGCUGUAAAUAACCCCUUCCCCGCUCCCGUGGGAAUCAAAAGGUAUAGUCUCCUCUCUGGACAACGAAAAUGCGCAGACUCAGAACCCAAACUUCGGAAUGGAGGCCGAAUUAUUGGGAGACCUGAGGAUGCCCACGGAGAGGGGGAAAAGAAUGGGGGAGAAAAGAAAGAGGAGGAGUUUCCAACUUUGCAGCUGUAUCUCCUGGACAGCUACCUCUAGCCGGCUCCCAACUUCCUUUGGUCCCAUAUAUAUCUUAAAUUUUUGAAGGGGCACCUUCCCCAAGCCAGAACCGGUUCGCCCCUGUCCAAUCCCCGACCUACUAGACUGGCUAGCCCCUACCUGUACUCUCUCCGCCUUUCCUCUGGACUUGACUACUGAAUUUCUAAUAAAUUAAUCUUUCUUGCACUCCA